CAUUGAAUGUUAUUCCUACAGAUUAGAAGCUCGUUGAAAAUUAUCUUUGAGCACAUCUGUGCUAACGUCCGUUUGCAAACAAUUUAUUUCUCUGUUGAUACCAACAUUUACUACUCUUCAUUAUUAUAUGUUAUUACACAAUUAUUUAUUCAAUCGACGUAGCAGUCGUGUCUACAUUAAUUAGUCUGCAGUUCUCGGUGUUCCUUCAUUCCAGUCGGGUGUUGUUUGUCUUAUUCUAAGUGGAAAUGAAAUUCGCGGCUUUGUCGACUAUAUUGGUGGGAUUCACGCUUUUCAUCGGAAUCAGCGAAUCCGCAAAUAUUCUGGGCUAUUUCAUAACCUUCAGCAAAUCCCAUCUAAUGGUCCACAGAUCAGUGAUGCAAGAAUUAAUCAAUAGAGGACACAAUGUCACAAUAGUCACCACAUUACCAUUGGAAAAUUCGAAAAAAACAUUUCGUCAUUUACAAUUGAAAGCCCCGGAGCCUCCCAAGGAAUUUAUUACGGGAAUAAUGAAAAAAGCAAAGGGAGCAUUUGGGUUUCUCGGCACCUUGAUGGGGACAACGGACUUCAUGUUGCAGUAUAACAACGCGUCCUUACAUGAUCCCCAAAUGAAGCGACUAAUGGCUGAGGAGUCCUUCGACUUAGUUGUUUUCGGUUAUUUCUUCAAUUCAUUUCAAAUCGGUGUCGGUAUGCAUUUCAAAUGCCCGGUUGUUAUUAGCUUCAUGCAUCGGCCAAUGAACCAAUUAAAUGAUAUGGUCGGCAAUCCAUUGGAAACUACAUAUGUUCCGCAUAUGGUAUUGGGACUGUCCCAGCCACUUGAUUUUCUAGGACGAAUUAAAAACUUGCUCCUGGCAGUGAUCAUGGACAUGGGGGUGUUUUCCUUUAUUGAUUACAAAUCGAAGCGGUUUUACGAUUAUAAUUUUCCAUCCGAAACGUAUCCACCGUACGAGGAGGCUCUUAAAAAUGUUUCGCUUGUGCUAUCUAACUAUCAUUUUACUAAUGGUGUGGUGAGGCCAAAUGUUCCAGCAAUUGUUGAAAUCGGAGGAAUUCAAAUCAAACCGGAUACUGAACCGUUACCAGACGAUAUUAAGGACUUCUUGGAUGGUGCUUCUAAAGAUGGAGCAGUAUAUUUCAGUCUUGGUUCUAAUGCACGCAGCGCUGACAUGAAUUCGGAAACAAUCAAAAUUCUCUACAAUGUCCUUUCUGAACUAAAGCAACGCGUUAUCUGGAAAUGGGAGGAAGACACACCACCUGGCAACGCAGCUAACAUUCUAUUCAAAAAGUGGCUUCCUCAAGAUGAUAUUCUGGCUCAUCCCAACAUCAGACUUUUCAUAACUCACGGCGGACAUGGCAGCGUAGUUGAAUCAGAAUAUCACGGAGUGCCGAUGGUUGGCAUCCCCCUUUUCGCUGAUCAGUUUUCGAACAUGGACGGAGUACAGAAGGCUGGAUACGGUCUUAGCUUGGGAAAAGAAGAAAUUACUGCUGAGAAGUUUAAAUCCAUCGUUGAGGAAGUCCUAUAUAAUCCAACGUACAGAAACAAGGUUCAGGAGUUUUCUCGAAUUUAUCGAGAUAGGCCUAUGAGCGCCAGAGACACAGCCGCAUAUUGGAUAGAAUACGUUAUUAGACAUAGAGGUGCCAAGCAUAUGCAGAGUCCAGCUGUACAUAUGAACUUCAUACAAUUGUAUGGGCUCGAUGUGUUUGCGUUUUUAUUCGUUUUAUUCUAUGUUAUGUUUAAAACUUUAGCGUUUGUUUUUAGGAAGGUUGUUCAUUUGCUUUUUGGAAGGAAGUGUAAAGACCAAAAUAAGGAAAGCAACAAGCACAAGAAAGAUCAGUAGUCGUUUGUACUCAGGUUUAUAAUUAAAUCAGUUUUUUGAAUAA